UGUUGCUGGCUACAGAACAAAAGGUUGUUCCACAAACAGUAUUAUUUUAAGUAUGGACAAGGCUCAUCUUUCAAGCUCUAAUGACAUAAUGAUGACAAACUCAACAGGAACUUAUCAACAGGAGCCUCUCACUCCUCCCAGGCCCAGCCAUCUUCACUCCUCAUCCUCUUCCUUAUCCUCACCCUCUCCUUCCUCUUCCUCCUCCCCUCUCAAACCUAACCAGGUCGGCCAGGUCAUCUUAUACGGCGUCCCUAUCGUAUCGCUGGUCAUCGAUAACAUUGAGAGACUUUGCUUGGCGCAGAUUUCCAACACUCUCCUGAAAAACUACAGCUACAACGAGAUCCAUAACCGGCGCGUGGCGCUGGGCAUCACCUGCGUCCAGUGCACUCCGGUUCAGCUGGAGAUCCUCCGCAGGGCCGGCGCCAUGCCCAUCUCCUCUCGCCGCUGUGGCAUGAUCACCAAGCGCGAGGCCGAGCGCCUGUGCAAGUCCUUCCUGGGGGAGAACUCGCCGCCGAAGCUGCCCGACAACUUUGCCUUCGACGUGUCGCACGAGUGCGCCUGGGGCUGCCGUGGGAACUUCAUACCGGCACGCUACAACAGCUCCAGAGCCAAAUGCAUCAAGUGCUCCUUCUGCAACAUGUACUUCUCCCCAAACAAGUUCAUCUUCCACUCCCACCGCACACCAGAUGCCAAGUACACCCAGCCCGAUGCGGCCAACUUCAACUCCUGGCGACGGCACCUCAAACUGUCCGACAAACACCCGCAGGAUGAGUUAAUCUAYGCAUGGGAAGAUGUCAAAGCCAUGUUCAAUGGAGGGAGCAGAAAGAGAGCACUGCCCUCAUCGAGCCAUUGCUCCUCCAUGGGUCCUAUGAAGACCCUCCCGGGUACGGUUGUGCCUCACAUGAUGGGACCCGACCUGGGUGCUCAGAAAAGAGGUCGCUUUGAGGAKGAGGAYGAUUUGGACGGGGACAGUCUGUCUCCCCGCAAAACGCCGUGCAGCUACCCCGUCAUCCCCGUCCCGAGCAAAGGUUUCAGCAUGUUGCAGAAGUUCCCCACCACCUCGCUCUUCCCUUCCUCUUAUCCGUUCCCAGGCUUUGGCCUCUGCCAGCAGAAAAAAGAGGACAGCGAUGUUUCAACGGCGCACAAAGGCGCCGGGCUGUCGGGAUUUUUGUGGCCUGGCCGUAAAGACACUUUUUAUCCCCCUUUUUGCAUGUUUUGGCCACCAAGGGCAGCAGGGGGGAUUCCUGUCCCCACCUAUCUCCARCCUCAGCCCAGCACUCUCUCCUCCCUGACAGAAAACCCUUCUCUCAGACAGGCCUUCCUGGAUCUCUCAGACCCCAGUGAUGCCGGGGCAGUGAGUAGCAGUGGAAAUGGUGUCAGCACAACUAUUACYCCCAGCAACGGCACCACUACGCCAAGGUCAGGGUUGUUUGACYCAGACUGCACAACAAGAACCACCGACCUUCGCCCUGUGACGUCAGAGGGGUGGCUCAAACUGUUGGACAACACAGCUCUCCAAACAAGAAAGCCGAGCUACGGCUCUGCCUUUCGUCCAGUGGUCAAAGACGCAGAGAGCAUCGCAAAGCUCCACAGCAACAGCGGAGGGGUCGGGGCAACAGAUGAGGACUUUAGAGUUGUGGUCACCGGGUCAGACCGACACCAGCGACUGUCACCCACCAGCAGUUGUAGCUACGGGAGUGACGGCGAGGCGGAAGYGGGGGACAGCGAAGAGGAAGGGGAAGUGGACGUGGAGUCUUCAAAGCAGGAGGACGAGGAAGAGGAGGGGAGUUUCACAAACAGACCCCCACAGACUCAAAGCAACUUGUACCACCCGGCGCUGAGUGACAGCGCCGGAGAGGAGAGGGGGAAGGACCGAGGGGGCAACGCAGUGUAUCCCAGCACCUCUCCAGGAUCCUCCUCAAACCCCAUCCUACAGGACUCCCCCAGCCUACCUGCCUCUCCACGCGCCAGUUUACCGCUCUCCAGCUCCACCCCACCUCACCGAGAGGAUGCAGCUUACAAAAACGCCCAGAAAAAUAGAGAUGAAGGACUACCUGCAUACGCAACCAAAGACAAUUCCAGCAUUUCUGAUGAAAACAAAGAGCAGAGAAGUUUCUUUGUGCCUGACAGAGAGACAUCUUCCCCAAGCUACUGGAGAGAGUGCUCAGGUGAUCAGAGCAGAAGUGCUUCCUCUCCUGUGGCGCUCAAGAAGGACGUGGAGAACAUGGAGAAAGAGGAGCUUCAGAAGGUUCUUUUAGAGCAGAUCGACUUCAGGAGAAGACUGGAGCAAGAGUUUCACGCCCUGAAGGGCACCUCACCAUUCCCUGUCUUCCAUAAUUUUCAAGAUCAGAUGAAACGAGAGCUCGCCUACAGGGAAGAAAUGGUCCAGCAGUUACAGAUGAUUCCCUACGCAAACAUCAUCAGAAAAGAAAAGAUCAGUUCUCAUCUCAGCAAGUAGCCAAAAAGACCAUAUUAAAAAAAGGGAAGCAAAACAAAAGGAAGCUGCCUGGACUUUUCCCUGGUGAACAAAGAUCAAAGCUCCAACCAUAAGAAAAUGAUACUAUUGUAUUUCUACGUGUUUUUUGAAGGAUAUUUUAGGACAGACAUUAUUUGACUGCCUCUCCAGUAUCACAUCAACAUUUGGACCACUUCAUACUGCUUUUGUACCAGCAUAUUGGUGAACUGCUACCAACCAUGUCUUUUUUUUGGUCGCUUUAUGAAAUCAGCUGCAAAUUGUUGAUAUUGGGAAAACUGGAUCAUUCUUGCUCUUUCAUUGCUCCGUUGUCAGGUUGUAAGCUUUAUUCAGCUAGGAUCAAUGGAAACGUGGCCCCUGUUAGACUUGGUGAAGCUUCCAGAUUUGGUAAGGUCCACCUGAAAGGAAGCUGUACUGUAUGUCACAUAGCUGAGAAGAGAAGUUAAAAAGUUAUGAGUGCACAAAGACUAUCUGAGCUCUUACGGAUGUCACCCUUAAUGUACAUACAUCAGAGUGAACAAUCUGAUCACAAAUGAAGUUAUUCUCAUCAUGUGGAGACGCAACUCUUCCCUGUUCACACAAAUCAUCAUUACCACCAACUAUCAGCAUUACUUGUUACACAAACACUCGGACUAAUAAAUGUUCCAUUAAUGAUCAAGGUUUCAAACCUAAUGAUGAACGAAGCGCAGUAUUAUUUAAAAUAAAAACACACAAAAAA